AUGGAGCUGUGUGGACCCAACAUGAGUGAGACCGGAGGCCCCCUGUGCCAGCUGAAGCAGCUUCCCUGCCACGCUGUCCCCCUUCGGCGCCUGCAGGCCGGCGGACACCACGUGCACAACCUCCCCCACCUCACCCACCAGCCGUGGGUCAACCACCCGGCGCCGGCGCUCGCCUCCAGCCCGGCCGUACGGCACCGGGUCAACGGGGCCACGGCGGCCGCCUGCGGCAACCCCGAGUAUCUGGCCUCCAGGCUGGGGGAGGAGGCGGCGCUGGGCCGGGACGCCUCCAGGGGGAAGGUGGUGGUGACGGGAGGAGGGGGAUACUUCGGCUUCAGGCUGGGCAGAGAGCUGCUGGCCGAGGGGCUGUCCGUGGUCCUGCUGGACUUGAACAAGCCUCCCGGUGACGUCCCCGAUGGAGCCGUCUUCUACCAGAGCGACAUUCGGGAUUAUUCUUCCCUCUAUAAAGUGUGUGAAGGGGCCGACUGCAUCUUCCACACAGCGUCGUACGGCAUGUCCGGACCAGAGCAGCUGAGGAAAGAGCAGGUGGAGUCGGUCAACGUUGGAGGAACCAAUAAUGUCAUAAACGUGUGUAAGGAGAGGAGCAUCCCCAGACUGGUCUACACCAGCACCAUCAACGUGGUGUUCACGGGGAAACCCAUCGAGGACGGCGACGAGGCCUCGGUGCCAUACGUGCCGCCUGAUGUGCACAUCGACCACUACUCCAGAACCAAAGCCAUCGCGGAGCAGAUGGUGCUCUCGGCCAACGGAUGCUCCCUGAAAGGUGGAGGCCUCCUGCGGACUUGCGUCCUUCGUCCCUGCGGCAUCUACGGACCAGAAGAGAGGAGGCACCUCCACAGAGUGAUGGUGAACGUGGAACGUCGGCUCUUCAGCUUCAGGUUCGGCGACCCACAGGCCCGGAUGAACUGGGUCCACGUGGAUAACCUGGUUCUGGCCCACACGCUGGCAGCUGAAGCUCUCACACUGAAGAAGAGCUGCGUCGCCAGCGGACAGGCCUAUUUCAUCAAUGAUGGAGUUUCAGUCAAUCUGUUCGAGUGGCUGACGCCUUUGUUUGAGCAGCUCGGCCACAGCAGGCCGGUGAUAAAUCUGCCGGUUUCACUCGUCUAUUCAGCAGCCAUCCUGGUGGAAUAUCUGCACGUGGUUCUGAGGCCGGUGAUAGAAGUGCCUCUGCUUUUUACUAGGAGUGAGGUCAGGAACAUCGCAGUGAGUCACACCUUUAAAAUCGACAAGGCCUGUCAAGAGCUGGGUUACUGUCCGAAGCCCUACAGCCUGGCAGACUCUGUGGAGCAAUACCUAAAGUCCCGGCAGCCUCGAUCCAGCUCACCUUUCUCCAGCCUGUCCUGGACCUUCAAACUGCCUCGACGCCUGGUUCUGGUGCUGCUGAUGGGCUUUGGCCUGGUGCUACUUAUGUUAUCCUGCAUCCUCUGUCAGAACUAA